AGAGGAUGCAAGCACUUCUACAUGAAAAUAACACAUGUAUUUGAUUAUGAAAUAUAACAAGGAAAGUAUACGUGACAACCAUUCCUAAUUAUUAAUUUAAUUUUUAUCAGGGAACUAAAGCUGUCGAAGGGAUAACAUUCGAUAGUACAGAUGUGGGGGAUCUUUACUUGAAGUCUAAUUCCUUUAGAAGGAUGACAAAUUUAAGAUAUCUUAAAAUCUAUAAUAAAUCUAGAGGAAACACGUGCAAUGUGUACUUUCCCGAUGGUCUUGAGUGGAUUUCUGAUAAAUUGAGGUAUCUUCGAUGGGAAGGAUACUGUCUUGAGUAUUUGCCAUCAACCUUUUGUGCUGAAAUGCUCAUAGAGCUUCACUUGAGUCAUAGCAAGCUUAAAAAGCUAUGGGAUGGAGUUCAGAAUCUUGUGAAUCUAAACAUACUUUGGCUUGAAUCCUCCAAAAAUCUGAUUGAGAUCCCAGACUUAUCUAAGGCUACAAAUCUUCAUAGAGUAUAUCUUUUUCAAUGUGAAAGCCUGGGUCAGCUCCAUCCUUCCAUCUUUUCUCUCCCUGAUCUUAGAUAUCUAGAUUUACGAGACUGCAAAAAGAUUGAAAGCCUUAAAACCAACAUUCAUUCAAAAUCUCUUCGUGAACUCUUACUCGAUGGUUGUGCAUCUCUCACAGAAUUUUCGGUGACAUCAGAUGAAAUGACAGAGUUGACCUUAGGUGGCACUGCUAUACGUGAAUUGUCUUCAUCGAUUUGGCGUAACAGAAAACUUACUUCGCUUGGCCUAUCCGAGUGUAACAAGCUUAACAUUGUUGGGAAUAAGUUAACAAAUGAUCAUGGACUUGGGUCUGUUACCGAGCUAGACCUUUUAGGGUGCACAGAAAUCAAUGCAUUAAGUCUGUGGUCUAUCCUUGAUGGCAUACAGUCUUUAAAAUGGCUCUCAUUGCAUGAGUGUUGCAACAUGGAAUGUCUCCCCGAGAACAUACAAAACCAUUCAAUGCUAAAAAGUCUAGCUUUAGAUGAUUGCAGGAAACUUGUGUCUGUAACAGAGCUUCCGCCAUCCCUAUUAUCUUUGAGUGCCAUUAAUUGCACUUAUCUGGACACAGACUCCACUCAACGGUCAUUUCUUGAGAACAUGGUACAAAUCUUCUCUAAAUACCCUUUUCAUGCAAAUGAACAUGAUGAUUUUUAUUUCUCUAUCUUGCCAGGAGCACAAGUUCCUCGCAAGUUUGAUUUUCAAACAAUAAAGGCUUCAAUAACCAUUCCUCCUAUUCCAAAAUAUAACCUGUCUGGUUUCAUAUUCUGCACCAUUCUUUCUAAGGGCUUCCAUAUUUGCAAUCACCCCCUGCAUUGUGUCAUCUUUGAAAACGGCAAAGAAGUUGAAACGUGUUUUACUUUUGCUUGCAAUUAUAUUGGGACAUUAAUUUCAGAUCAUGUAUUAAUUUCAGAUCAUGAUGUCAAUGAAGAAUUGUGGUGGUCAACGGAGGGGAUAAAGGGGUGUGGGGUCUUACCUGUAUAUAACUUAGAACAUAAGUCAGAUCUGGAUGGUAGGGAAAUUGGUAAAUUAAAAUUCAGUGCUCAAUAUUCUGGUGGGCAGGAAAAUUAUAAUGAGUUACAGCCUUCAGCAAUUGGAGGUGAAGUCAUAAGCUCCAACAAUGAAAAAGAAGGUUUGACAUCUCAACUAUGUUGA